GCCGUGUUCGCUGCCAAAAUACCAAAUCCCCCUCUAUGCCUUCGGUUCUUCGAUCUCCGCUCAAAGCGACGGCGACAAUCUAAGUCUGGAUCUUCUCCUCUUACCUCGCUGCUUCUUCCACAGCUUCAAUCUUCGAUCGCCUCCGCCUAAACCCUAACGCAAAUGACGGGAAGAGGUGGACGGGACAGGACAAACAGUGACCGCAUGCCCAGGCUUGAGGAGAAGGGGCGGCGAAGUGGGUGGGACGUCGCUCCUCCUUCGAGGCACCUGUGGGUUGGAAACUUGAGCCGUCGUGUCUCCCAGAAUAACCUAUACGAGCAUUUCCUGAGGUUUGGGGACAUUGACAACAUAGCUUACACUCCUGGCCGAAGCUAUGCAUUUGUAAACUAUAAGAAAGAGGACGACGCGACCAUAGCAUUCAAAGGUCUCCAGGGUUGCAUUGUGGCUGGGAAUCCUCUUAGGAUCGAGUUUGCAAAGGAGGACAGAGGUUCUGUUUCAUCACUGGAUGAUGAAUACUCACUGCGUAAAGAUGCGAGGUAUUCUGUUGACCAGCGAGAAUCACUGCUUAGAAGAGAUUCUAGAGCUCAUAGCCCAAGUCCUGAAAAAACAUAUGAAAAGAACAAAAGAGAUGAUAGCACAGAACCUAGUGCUGUGUUAUGGAUAGGAUUUCCAGUAUUUCUCAAUGUUGAAGAAAAUGAUUUAAGGAGAGCUUUUUCACCUUUUGGUGAAAUUAUCAGUAUCUCUACAUUUCGUGGUCGUAGUUAUGCGUUUGUACGAUACCGAAGUAUAGUCGCAGCUUGCAGGGCUAAAGAAGCUCUUCACGGAAAAUUAUUCAACAAUCCACGUGUGCAUAUAUGCUUUGCUAAAAGUGACUCAACCGACUCAGAGAGGAACCUUAGCAAUGCUCCUUUAAGUCAGCGUCUUAAAUCUAAUUCACUAUCUGGGCUGAGUAGUGUUGAACCUUCUAAACGGAGUAGAGAUUAUGACAGUCAUAUUGGAGAUUUUCUUACUUCUCCUCGAGAUGCAAAGUUUUUGCGAGCUAAUGAUACAAAGUUCAUCGGUUUAGGGAAAAAUCUUAUACGACCUGAUGCAGUUCCAGGAUCCAAUUUAGGUAGCAACAAUGAACGCAUAUGGUUUCACGACUUUAGUUCAGAAAGAAAGAUGCCAGGAGAACUUUGUGGUCACUACAGAAGAAGUCCUACAGCAGAGAGAGCUGGAUGGUGGCGUGAUGCUUCUUUUGAGCCACGACAGAGAAGUCCACUUCCAGAUGAUUCUUUGGGUAUGGAGGAUGGUUCUUUUCGAUCAGCUAAGAAGGCAAAAGUAGACUUGUUUUCUGACGGAGAACUUCCAGAAUAUCCAUAUUCUUUUCAAUCAAAUAAGAAGGAAAAGGUGCAUCCAUUUUCUGACAGAGAACUUCCAGAAUAUCCAUUCUCUGACCUAGAUCAAAGAAAACAUGAUUUUGGACGGACAAAAUUCUUGCCCAGUUUGCCUUACGAUAGUGCCUUGAAUAAAGAUUAUGAGUCGGUUCCUUUUGAUCAUAACUAUUUGGCUCCUCAAAGUUUGAAGAACAUGAAUGGUCCUUUUGCAGAUAGGGAUGACUCACGCAGUCUAUUUGAUCACUUAAACACAGGUCCUGGUGCCUUUCCUUUCGAUAGUGCCAAUUUGCAAAAACCAAUUCCUGAGCAUCAUCAGCCCCCACGGAUAUUGGACUGGAAGUGGGAGGGUACAAUCUCAAAGGGAGGUACUCCAGUUUGUCGUGUGCGUUGCUUUCCGGUGGGAAAGGUCCUAGAUUUUAUAUUGCCGGAGUUCUUAAACUGCACAGCUAGAACAAGCUUGGAUAUGCUCGCAAACCAUUAUUACCAGGCCACCAGUUCCUGGGUGGUGUUUUUUGUUCCUGAAACUGACGCAGAUAUUGCUUUUUAUAAUGAAUUCAUGCAUUAUCUGGGAGAGAAGCAGCGUGCAGCUGUUGCUAAGCUUGAAGAGAAGGUUACCUUAUUCCUAGUGCCACCAUCAGAAUUCUCUCAACAAGUUCUAAAAGUACCCGGGAAGGUGAGCAUUUCUGGUGUCAUUUUGAAGUUUCAGCACAAUUUCAGUUCCCUCCAACCUCUGGAAGUCACAGAAGCAAAACAGCUACCCUUUGCAAAUCGUAGAUCCCCUGAUUUAAGGACUUUCUCUAAGAGUCAGAACUAUUCCAAUCCAUCAAUGGCACCUCUACCUCCCCCACUUCCUUAUUCUCCACCACAGAAACUGAGUGACCAUCUUCCUUACUCAGGAUCUAUUCAACCAAUGGAAAAACUACCUAACUAUCAUGAGGCUAGCAGACAUGAUCGAUGGUGGUCUCUAAAUCCUGCAACAUCACCAAACCGUUCUAGUCAACUGCAUAAUCCAAGUUCUGAUGGUGGGAGUUUCACUGCAAGUGCCGCGUUACAUAUAGCUAGGAGUGCUACAGCAGACCCACAUCUGGGAAACAAUAAGAUUUCACAAGGAUCUCCUUCAAGCAAUUAUGCACCUGAAACUUCCUCUGUUCCAUUGCACAAUAGCAAGUUCCCAACACAAGUGGGAACAAAAUUGCAAGUUUCCUCAAAUGUGCCUCUUCCCUUAGAGCCGCAGCAACUCACAGAGCUUGCUGCCUUACUGGGACAGUACAAACAGUUAGGUCAGGUACCAUCCAUAUCGACAGAUGGUCAGAACAAACUGACAAAGUUGUUGCAAAUUGACAAUUCGCAUUCCAUCACUCCAGUGAUGCAUUCCCAGGCUUCAGAUCCACAUUCUCUGAACUCUGUGACACCCAUGUAUUCGGCUUUCCCUUCUAGUUCUUUAGGUGCCCAAGUCAACCAGGUGCCGCAGAACCAUCAGCCACAAUCUAAUGUUUCUUCAGUGCAAACUGUGACAAACUCUGGCCACCAAAACGAACAAGAAGAAACAGAAGCAGAUCCCCAGAAGCGUCUGCAGGCAACUCUGCAGCUGGCAGCAGCACUCCUUCAACAGAUCCAGCAACAAUCAAAAUCUACCGAUCAACCAUAGAUUGGAUGAGAUUAAAGCAUACUGAUAUGUUCAAGAGUCCAGAGGCCUCAGGACUUCUGUCAUCCAAUGCUGUUCUCGAAGCCAUGGGGGGGCAUACAAGUUUGUUCAUGCUAUUUACCAUCCUUGACGUUGGAUCGUGUUUAUGCAACUAAUGAUAAGGUAAUGUAUGAAGCACAAUCUCUUUUUUAAUCGUAAAGCUAGUCCUUAUUUUGAUUUUUUGAAAAAAAAAAAUAUUUAUGAUUCCUUAUUACUUUUGAUGAUCAUCAACUAUCUUACUCACAAAUCAAAAUUUAUUUUCAAAAAUAAAAAAAAACUCUUCUUUGAAGUCAUGCCUUUGAACCAACAAUUUUCUUUUAGGAAAUUUCAUUUUUUUAAUCUUUCAUUAAAAAUAACUUUUU